AUGCGUAACUACAAGCGAAAGACGAAUCGAGGACAAACUCCCCGCGAUGUUAUGGAACGAGCGGCUGAUGCUGUUGCUGGUGGAAAGAGUGUGCGGAGUGCAGCUAAGGACUUUGCCAUUGAUCGAAUGAUGCUGAAACGUUAUAUUGAAAGGAGAGAUGGACAACAAGGGACUGCCUAUGCACCCGUCGCCUUGCGGCAUCAGGUGUUUUCUCCUGACAUGGAGACAGAUUUGGGAGAUCAUGUGAAACAGUUAUCAGAUAUGUUUCAUGGUCUGUCAGUGAACAGGUGCUGUACAUUGGCAUAUGAGUUUGCAAAACGAAACAAUGUUGAUGUGCCAGCCAGCUGGGACCGUGAGAAAAAGGCAGGCCAGGAUUGGUGGUUAGGCUUCAAGAAGCGACAAAACCUGGCAAUAAGGCAUCCAGAGGCCACAUCUUUAGGACGUGCCACUGCGUUCAACCGACCAGUUGUUGAUAAGUUCUUUGACAAUCUUGCCCGGGUGAUGGACAAAUACAAGUUUUCACCAAGUGAAAUCUACAACACAGACGAAACUGGGCGCACCACAGUUCAAAAGCCUGCUGCUGUUGUGACCGAGAAGGGGAAAAAACAGGUCGGCGCAAUCACCUCUGCUGAACGUGGGGAACUGGUAACCGUUGUGUACACUGUGAGUGCCUGA